CUGAGGUGGGUCCCGUACAACUCACACACAGUCGUCUCGUCUCCCUCGUUCUUGUGACCCUCUCGGAUUUCUUGCUUCUUUUCUUCUUCUUCUUCUCCGUCACUCUCUCUUUGCUUGGGUCGAUUUGUAACCUCCGAUUCCGUUCGGUUUCUUCUUAGCGCGGGAUCGGAUGCGCCAGUAGUGCUGAAUGGAAUCCUUUCUCGUUUGAGAGGCAGCUUUCUUGCGACCGGGAUCAGUGUUGCAGGAGAAGAGAGGAGCGGAAAGAGGGCCGGAGGCGACAUGGGGCUGAUCUCUGGUUUGGUCAUGGGGGCGCUGGUGGGGAUUGCGUUGAUGGCCGGUUGGAGUCGGAUGAUGAGACGCCGCAGCACUAAACGCAUCCUUAAGGCUGCUGAUAUAAAGCUUCUAGGGUCUUUGAGCAGAGAUGAUCUGAAGAAACUUUGUGGUGACAAUUAUCCUGAAUGGGUUUCAUUCCCUUUAUACGAACAGGUGAAAUGGCUAAACAAGAUGUUGGCUAAACUGUGGCCUUUUAUUGCAGAUGCAGCAACAAUGGUAAUCAAGGAUACAGUCGAACCAUUACUGGAUGACUAUCGACCACCAGGAAUAUCUUCGCUAAAGUUCAGCAAGCUAUCACUUGGAAAUGUGCCACCAAAAAUUGAAGGCAUCCGAGUUCAAAGCCUCAAGAAAGGACAAAUUAUAAUGGAUAUUGAUUUCCGAUGGGGUGGAGAUCUGAGCAUAAUUCUUGCAGUUGAAGCACUUGUUGCUUCCCUGCCUAUUCAGUUGAAGGAUCUUCAGGUCUUUACUGUAAUACGUGUCAUUUUUCAACUUUCUGAAGAGAUACCCUGCAUUUCUGCUGUUGUUGUAGCACUUCUUGCUGAGCCAAAGCCCAGAAUAGAUUAUACAUUGAAGGCUGUGGGAGGGAGUCUUACUGCUAUUCCGGGGCUUUCAGACAUGAUUGAUGAUACUGUGAACUCAAUAGUUUCCGACAUGCUUGAAUGGCCCCACAGAAUUGUUGUUCCACUCGGUGGUGUAGAUGUCAAUACUAGUGAACUAGAGCUUAAACCACAGGGAAAGCUCACAGUGACCGUAGUGAAAGCAAAUAAUCUAAAGAAUCUGGAAUUAGUUGGAAAAUCUGAUCCAUAUGUGGUUUUAUAUGUCCGCCCCAUGUUCAAGGUUAAAACAAAGGUUGUUGAUGACAAUCUUAAUCCUGUAUGGAAUGAAACUGUUGAACUGAUUGCUGAAGACAAGGAAACACAAUCUAUUAUCUUUGAGGUUUAUGAUGAAGACAAGAUUCAGCAGGAUAAGAAAAUGGGCAUUGCAAAGUUAUCUUUGAAUGAAUUGGAACCUGAAAUCUCAAAGGAAAUUGAGCUAAGUUUGCUUGCAUCACUAGAUACACUAAAGGUUAAGGAUAAGAAGGACAGAGGGUCCCUUACAAUAAAGGUACUAUACCAUCCAUUCACCGAAGAGGAACAGCAAGCAGCACUGGAAGCAGAGAAGAGGAUUUUGGAGGAGAGGAGGAAGAUGAAGGAAGCUGGGCUUAUUGGGAGCACAAUGGACGCGCUUGGUGGGGCGGCCUCCUUGGUUGGCUCAGGGGUUGGGUUGGUCGGUACAGGCCUUGGAGCAGGUGUGGGCUUGGUCGGCACGGGCAUUGGAGCAGGCGUCGGUCUAGUUGGAUCAGGGCUCGGCGCUGGUGUUGGGUUGGUAGGAAGUGGCCUUGGUGCUGUUGGCGGUGGUCUGAGCAAAGCUGGGAAGUUCAUGGGUAAAAGUGUGACAAGCCAGUUCAGUAGCUCGAAGAAGAACGGUAGCAGCUCUCCCGUCGUGCCAGGUGACGGAAAUGCAAGCUAGCCUGAGCAGCUGUAAGCUUAAAUAGCUCAUAGUGUGCAUUUGCAUGGUUUGCAUCAUCGCAUAUAAUUAAUUGUUCGAGCUUGUGAGAGUGUUAAGUAUGUCAUCUACUUCAGUUUGUUACGUCUAUCCUUGAGAUGGAACUCAUAAGAAGAAUGUAUCAUUGUGUGCUCUGUGGUGCCAUUCCAUGAGAAUGUUACUCCACAGAAAAGAUCAGAAUCAGACCAUGUUAAAGUGUCUUGAUAUCAUUGAAAAAGAGCAGGUAAUUAUUGUGUGCUCUGUGGUGCCAUUCCAUGAGAAUGUUACUCCACAGAAAAGACCAGAAUCAGACCAUGUUAAAGUGUCUUGAUAUCAUUGAAAAAGAGCAAGUAAUUAUUGUGUGCUA